UGCCACUACUGCGGUGUCCUCUGAGCGCGCGAGCUCUCUUCUAUUGGAUGCUGAGAGAGCAAGAGAGAUACCGUUAGAGAUAGAGAGAGAGAGAGAGCGAGAGAGAGAGAGAGAGAGGGGGAAACAAACGUUUCCCAUGCCAAUAAAGCCCUUAAAUAUAAUGCAAAUUAAAUUGAAUUGAGAGAAAGAGCAAAGAGAGCGAGAAGAGCCGACUGUGGGCUACAGAAGCGUUGUUCUCACCACUAAGCUAACAGCUGAGACUGAACCGAAGAGAGGAGGGAAACCAUAUUCUGACUGAGAAAACCAGCUCACCUCACCUGCCGCUGGAGAAGAAGAACGGAAUGCUAUCGCUUUCUGGGGGUGUAACCUAAUCCGCAGCGCUAAAAGGGAUAUCGCCGAAUCACUGAAAACGGAAAUAUUUAGUUUCUUUCUCCAUGGUGGAUAUUAUGUAGAGCGGAGAAAGCAGAGAGCAGCAGUCUUGGGCUUAUUUUUGAUUUGUUUCUGUGGAUUGUGUGUCUGUGUGUUUGGGUCGUCAGGGGAAUAGGGGAGCAGUGUGCUGCAUACUGAUCUGGUUUUGGAUAAAGGAAUACCGGGAUAUAACGGGACCGGAGCGCACGGCCAGAACAGCGAAGCUUCAGCGGGUUCAGAUGCAUGUGUAGGAGUCCCCAGCCAUGACAAUAACGUGUGAAGGUGGGCCCAGGGCCAGCAGUCUGUGUGUGUGUUCAGGCCUAUGGAGGCCACGGUCUCUCCUCCUGCUCUACACGGUCCUGGAGCUGGUUGUGGUCCGCUCCACCCCGGUCCUAGGAGCUCUGGAGCUCCAGCUGGAUGAGGAGCAGCCGGCAGGGACCAUCGUAGGGGACAUCAGUGCUGGGCUCCCCCCCGGCAUCACCGCCUCGCUGUACUUCAUCUCCGACCACGAAGGGACAGGUGUGGGCAGCGACCUCAACAUCGACGAGACCUCCGGGAUCAUCACCACGGCACGCCGCCUCGACCGCGAGCAGAGGGACCACUACAGCUUCAUCGCCGUCACCAUGACCGGGGUCACAGUCGAGGUGUCCGUCACGGUCAACGACAUCAACGACCACGCGCCGGCGUUCCUCAAGCCAAAGGCAUUGCUGAAGAUCCCGGAGCAGACGGCGGUGGGAACACGCGUUUCCCUGGAGCCGGCGUCAGACGCGGACCGCGAUCUACUGACCACCCAAGGAUAUGUGAUUAAGGAAGGCAAUGUGGGGCAAGCCUUCAGGCUGGAGACCAAAAGAGCUGCUAACAAGGUGUUGUACCUGGACCUGGUGGUGAAUGGUGUUCUGGACAGGGAGAAGAGGUCCUCGUACAGCCUGGUUCUGGAGGCCUUCGAGGGGAGUCCCAGACGCACCGGCCUGAUGACCCUGGAGGUGUUUGUCACCGACAUCAAUGACCACGCCCCCGUCUUCAACCAGAGCAGAUACCACGCUAUCAUCUCAGAGAGUUUACCACAGGGAAGCAACAUACUGCAGGUGUUUGCGUCCGACGCUGACGAGGGAGACAACGGCCUGGUCCUGUACGAGAUCAACCGUCGCCAGAGCGACCCUGACCGCUACUUCGUCAUGGAUACGAGGUCGGGGGUCAUCACUCUGAACCGUCCGCUGGACUACGAGCUGAAGAGAGUCCACGAGCUGGUGGUACAGGCCAGAGACAACGCCAGCCACCCUGAGGUGACCAAUGCCUUCGUCACCAUCCACGUCCGAGACUACAACGACAACCAACCCACCAUGACCAUUAUCUUCCUCAGCGAAGACGGCUCGCCGCGCAUCUCAGAGGGCGCCCAGCCCGGCCAGUACGUGGCACGCAUCUCGGUCACCGACCCAGACUAUGGAGAAUACGCCAAUGUUAACGUUUCGCUAGAGGGAGGGGACGGGAAGUUCGCCCUGACCACCAAGGACAGUAUUAUCUAUCUGAUCUGUGUGGACCAGGUGUUGGACCGCGAGGAGAGGGACACGUACGAGCUAAGAGUCAUGGCAACAGACGCAGGCACCCCUCCUCUCAGGGCUGAGUCGUCCUUUACUAUCCAGGUCACUGACGUGAAUGAUAAUCCACCACUCUUCGACCAGCAGGCUUACAAACAGACCAUCCCAGAGGUCGUCUACCCAGGAUCCUUUGUGCUCCAGGUGACGGCCCGGGACAAGGACCAGGGGCCCAAUGGGGACAUCCGAUACAGCCUCCUCAAAGACAAAAAGAGCCACUCCGAUUGGUUCUCCAUCGACCCGGUGACGGGGAUCAUCACCACGGCGAUGGCACUGGAUUAUGAGUCGGAGCCAGCGCCCAGCGUGACGGUGGUUGCCACGGACAACGGGCGGCCUCCAAUGUCGUCGACGGCGAGGGUUGCCGUGGUGCUGCAGGAUGUAAACGAUAACGAGCCGGUGUUCUCUAGUAACUUCUACAACGUCACAAUCAAGGAGAAUACGGCAGUCGGGACCUGCUUCUUAGAGGUGACAGCAACAGAUGCUGACCGUGGUUCGUUCGGAGCGAUAUCGUACUCCCUAGGGUCUAGUUCUAGCAGCAUGGUACCGGCCCAGUUUACUGUCAACAAGGAGACUGGCCAGCUGUGUUCCAGCACCACACUGGAUCGAGAGCAGGGGUCAGGCAACUACGACCUCACCGUGACCGCUACUGAUGGGGGUGGUCAGAGUGCGGUGACCCGUGUGCGUGUGUAUCUGGAAGACGUUAAUGACAACCGUCCAUCCUUCUAUCCGGUGCUCUACACCGUGAGCCUCAGCACCCAGAGCGCCCCCGGAACCUCCGUCACCAAGGUGACGGCCAACGACCCCGACGCUGGUGACAACGGCAGGGUGACCUAUCGCACGGUGACGGGAGGAGGCUCCACCUUCUUCACCCUCAACAAGGACACAGGUGUGAUCUCUCUCGCGCGGUCGCUUCACGGUAAGGCCAACACCCUGGUCUCCAUGGUGAUCUCGGCGCAGGAUGGCGGUGGUCUGACGGCGCCGUUGAACGCCCGUGUCAACGUGAGCGUGGUCGGGGGCUCUGUGGCGCUCCCUCUGUUUGAACAGGCUCAGUACUACUUCACUGUGUCUGAGGAGGUCCUCAGGGGCACCGAGGUGGGCAAGGUCCACGCUGCCAUCAAGACCGGUCCUUCUCAGAACAUCUUCUAUUCCAUCUCAUCCGGUGACCCAGAUGGUUAUUUCACCAUGGUCUCUACCUCCGGGGCGCUCCGUUCCUCUGUCCCUCUGGACCACGAGGCCUGUCCCAGUCUCGACCUGGAAGUCCUGGCUCGCUACGGCUCUCCGCCCGCCUACGGAACCACACGUGUACGCAUCACCAUCUCAGACGUCAAUGACAACGCUCCCUCCUUCCUUCCCUCCUCCUCCGAAUCCCUCCUUCUCCCGGAGGUGACUAAAAUGGGAACGGUGGUGUACCGGGUUCAGGCCACUGACCGGGACUCUGGUCCAAACGGUCAGUUGAGUUUUGACCUGGUCUCGAUCGGCACGGAGGGCAGUAGCGGUCAAAGGAUGUUUGGCGUGGACCGGGGAAGCGGGGAGCUGAAGCUGAUUGGUGGACUGAACUACGAAAGUGUUCCGCGCUACGACCUACAGGUGGUAGCUAAAGAUGGUGGAGCCCCCCAGCUCAGCUCUACCUUCACGUUAGUUGUGCAUGUCCAGGCUCAGGAUGCGCAGGGCCCCGCUUUCGACACGCUAACGUACCGCGUGGAGCUACAGGAGAACACGCCUCUAAACACACGCAUCCUACAGGUCCGCGCCCUUAACAGAGAGGCUGCGGUGAACGGCGGAGGCUCCUCCUCUUCCUCGGUGUCGUACAGACUGCAUCCGGACGGUGACGCGGCAGGGUUCGGGGUCGCCCCAGAUAGUGGGUGGUUGUUCGUUCGUAGCUCUCUGGACCGGGAGGCUAAGGACAUGUAUCUACUGACGGUGGUGGCAACCUCUGGACCGGGAGGGCAGGGCGCGGCCGGGGCGGGCAGGACUGGCAGUGCCACGGUGAGGGUCUCUGUGACAGAUGAGAACGACAACAGUCCCCGACUGAGUCAGGUGUUUCUGGCGUUGAGAGAGAACCUUCCGGCGGGCACGGGGUUCGGCCGCGUGUCGGCUACCGACAGAGACGCAGGACUGAACGCCAGACUGACCUUCAGACUCCUGCACACUGACAGACACUUCCAGAUCAACUCGCACACGGGUGAGAUCAGUACCAGGUUAUCUCUCGACAGAGAGCAGCAGUCUAGCUACCAGCUGGUGGUUGUGGUACAAGACGGAGGCACGCCCCCUCGCAGCGCUACGGGUACUGCCCACAUCACUCUAUUGGAUGAGAACGACAACGCCCCUGUCUUUAACCACGCCCACCCCGACAGGGAACUGUUCAUACAGGUGAUGGAGGAAUCCCAGCCUGGCUCAGUCUUGGGGACAAUAACAGCUAAAGAUCCUGAUUUGGGAGAGAACGGAACACUCCAAUACUCACUGUCAGGUUCCAGAGUGGAGUGUUUCUCAUUGAACCCCACCACAGGAGAACUACGAUGCUCGUCCUCUCUGAGACACGGUGAGAGGGCUGAGUACAACCUGACAGUGUCCGCUUCUGACCACGGCACACCUCCACACACCUCCACCUGUCCCCUACGCAUUCAGGUCCUGAGUUCCAGUAAGUCUUCUGCCAAGAACACUCUGUCCAUGACUCUCAACUCAGUGGAGGGAGUCGCCCCAGGCUCUGUCAUUGGCUCUGUCCGGUCACACGACCAGCGUGACACGCUGUCGUUGGACGGCCAGGUGACGUACGUGGUGGUGGGCGGGACGGACCGGAAGGGGACGUUCAUGGUUGACCGGGUUACGGGAGACGUGUACCUGGUCAGAGUGCUGGACUAUGAGGAAGGGGACAGGUACACUCUGCAUGUGGAGGUAUCCGAUUUCACGCUGGCGUACCCCAGCAGUCACAGAGUACAGCUGGACAUUAACGUCCAAGACAGUAAUGACCACGCCCCCCAGUUCACAGAGGACCCCGUUACCAUAGUGAUACCAGAGAACACCCAGCCGGGAGUCUCCAUCUACACCUUCCAGGCUUCUGAUAAGGACGGCAGUGGUCCCAACAGCGAGCUGCGUUACUCAAUCCAGCACCUCUGGCCUGACUCCCUUCACCUCCUGACCCUUGACCCUUCCACUGGGGUCCUGACCUUGGGUCGGAAGUUAGAUCACGAGACCACGUCCUCCCUCUACCUGGUUGUCAGGGCGACCGACCAGGCGGAGGACGUGUCCGCGCGGCGCUGGGGGUCAGUGACGGCCCGGGUGUUUGUGACGGACGAGAAUGACAACGCUCCCGUGUUCAGCUCGUCCUCCGCCGUCAGUGUUAUGGAGGACCAGCCGGUCGGGUUCGUGGUUGUGUACGUGAUGGCUCGUGACGAGGAUGAGGGAGAGAACGGACGAGUGUCCUACAGCAUCCAAUUAGGGAACAGUGCUGGACGCUUCAGCCUCAACCCCAACACCGGCUCUCUGUCCAUUCUGAAAGCUCUAGAUCGUGAGGACCAGGAAGUGUUUAAUCUGACCGUCAUAGCUGAGGAUCAUGGGAUGCCCCAGCUGUCCACCAGUCAGGUUCUGUCUGUCCACGUGAUUGAUGUGAACGAUGAGCCGCCGCUGUUCCAGGGGGAGGAGCUAGAGGCGGAGGUCAGAGAGAACCAGGAAGCGGGAACCACGGUGAUCACCGUCACGGCAACGGAUAGAGACCAAGGUUCUAAUGGCCAGGUGACAUAUGGAGGUGUAACAGAGGAAGGUUUCAGCAUCAACCCUGUGACAGGAGUCAUCAGCACUACCAAGACCCUGGACAGAGAGAUUCAGGACCACUACACACUCACAGUGUAUGCCAGGGACGGGGGCCUGCCUCCUAACUUUGCCAAGGUGGUGGUACGUGUGUUGGUGCAGGAUGAGAACGACAACGUGCCGGUGUUCGCCAGGCCCUGGUACGGCCUAGAGGUCCCUGAGAGCCAGAGCGCCGUGGAGUUGUGUAUUGUCAGGGCUGCUGACGCAGACACUGGCCUCGCUGGAGACAUAGAGUACAGGAUCACUGCUGGAGACCCAGACGGGAUCUUCCAACUCCAUGUCAGUUCAGGGGCCCUGUCCACGUCUCGUCCCCUGGAUCGGGAGCUGCGGGCAGGGUACAACCUGGAGGUGGUGGCCCUGGACCAUGGUUCUCCUGCUCUGAGCAGCACAGCCACAGUGGAGGUGAAAGUGUUGGAUGUAAAUGACAACAGUCCGGCCUUCAGCAGCAGCAGCUACACCAUAGACGUCCCAGAGGACGCUGCCCAGGGAACUACAGUCUUAGAGGUGACGGCCACAGACGCAGACGAUGGGGAGAACGGGAAGGUGCUGUAUUUCCUGAGUCAAGAGGCGAGGGGCGCUUUCACCGUUGACGAAAACACUGGCUGUAUUACAACGGCGUCGCCGGUGGACCGAGAGAAGAGGGCGUCGUACAGCUUCCGUGUGUUCGCUGUGGACCUGUCACCUGCAGAGCCCAGAAACACCUCGGCUCAGGUGACUGUGACGAUCCUGGACAUAAACGACAACGCUCCAUUCUUCAUCCAAGACCCCCUCGUUGUCGAGGUCUCGGCCAGCCAAUCACAUCGGGUCCUGGCCACCAUGCGGGCCGAGGACAAGGACUUUGGCGCCAACGGCUCUGUGUUCUACCGUUUUGCCGGUCCUGUGAGGGGUUUCAGCAUCAACUCCCUAACAGGGGAGAUCCAGGGGACAGAGGGGAUAGACAGACUGAGUCAGGCCCAGAGGACCCUCAUGGUGGAGGCUAUGGACCAGGGAACCCCGGCCCAGUCCAGCCUAGGGGUGGUGGUGGUCUAUGUGAAGGAACAGGCGUAUACUGGCAUCAGGUUCUCCAGGAACGCCAGAGACGUCAGCAUACAGGAGAACGCCGCCAAAGGUACGGCUAUAGCUCAGGAUCAGGCCCAGUACCCUGAUGGGACAAGAAGAGGGAUCAGCUAUAGCCUCUUCUCUGGAAACAGACUGCAGGCCUUCAGCAUCGGCACUAGCACAGGUGAAAUCAGGGUUCAGAGGUCGUUGGGUCUGGACUUUGAGGACACUCCGCGACUCCGCCUGGUAGUGAAGGCUGCGACGGCUUCGUCCAGCUCCUUCAUGGCCGUCAACCUGAUCCUGCAGGACAUCAAUGACAACCUGCCACGCUUCCAGCUCCAGAACUAUGUAGCCUACAUGAGAGAGGCCCAGGGUUACGACAUGCCAAUCAUACAGGUGGUGGCAGAGGACGUGGACCAGGGGCAGAACGGUCAGGUGACCUACUCUAUCCAAUCAUCAGGAGGCAUGAGCGGCCUGUUCAAGAUCGACCCUGUCACGGGAAGCAUCACCACCGCCGCCAUCAUGGACAGAGAGAUCUGGACUCAGACCAGGCUGGUCGUCACAGCGACGGACAGGGGCAGCCCGCGAUUGGCCGGUUCGGCCACACUCACAGUGAUCAUCGUAGACCUCAACGACAACAGUCCAACAAUCCCUCUGCCCCGGGAGGUCCGCAUUCCUGAAAACACUCUGAUCGGCACAGAGAUCACCCUGGUAACGGGUAAUGACGUGGACUCCAGCCCGGCCCUGUCCUACAGCCUCCAGCUGGACGGGUCGUCCCAAGGGAAGUUUGGGAUUCACCGCUACAGUGGAGGGGUGUCUCUGACCGCCCCUCUGGACUACGAGGACAGAACCUGGUACACACUGACCGUCAGGGCUACUGACUCCCAACACCAGACUGAGGCUAAUAUCACCAUAUUGGUGGAGGACGUCAAUGACAACGCUCCUGCGUUCACACACGAUCUAUACCAGGUAACACUGCCAGAACAUUCCCCGCCAGGCAGUCCCGUUGUCACGGUGACGGCGACUGAUCGUGAUUCGGGGGAGAAUGGGAAGGUCACCUACAGAGUGAUGUCGUCAACGCGAGGUGGCUUCUACGUAGACCCCGGCAAUGGUACUCUGUUCAUCAGGGAGAGGUCAGAGUUCGAUCCAGAGAAGCUGUCCGUCAGUGUGGUGAUUGAAGCCUGUGAUGGGGGAUCCCCGCCCCUCUCCUCCUUCACCACAGUGCAGGUCCAGCUAUCAGACGUCAACGACAACGCUCCCGUCUUCCACCAGUCAGAGUACAGGGCGACGGUGUUGGAGGACUCCAUCCCCGGGGCAACCAUCCUGACCCUGGAGGCCAUGGACGCUGAUUUCUCUCGGGACAACUGCGGCUUCGACUUCGCCAUUGCCAAUGGCAACACCGGGAACGUCUUCCAGAUCGAGAGCAGCGUGCGCUUCCUGGAGGGGCGGGGCUUCCAGACCGUAGGGACGCUCCUAUUGGCCGAGGUGCUGGACUUCGAGGCCGUGCCCCUCUAUAACCUGACGGUGGUGGUGUCGGACAGAGGGGUUCCACAGAGGAGUUCUAGCGUUGCCGCGGUGAUAACCGUUGGCGAUGUAAACGAUAACCCGCCGGCGUUUGGCAGGGCGGAGUACGCUGUGUCACUGAGUGAAGGAGCUGGCGCCGGGACAGAGAUAAUACGACUCACUGCUACAGACCCAGACUCUGCCCCCAACGCAGAGGUCCAGUACAGCAUCAGCUCAGGCGAUGAGAUGGACCUGUUCACCAUCGACCAGUGGACCGGGGCGCUGCGGUUACAGCGACAGCUCGACCGCGAGCACCAGUCCUCCCACGUGGUCAUCGUCCAGGCCUCGGAUGGCCACGGUCACGUCGCCCUGACCCCGAUCAGCGUAGAGGUCAAAGAUGUGAAUGAUAACAGACCGUUCUUCCCCAUCGAGACUCUGACGGCUAGCAUCAGAGAGAACCUGCCGGUCAACUCAGCCGUGACCAUACUCCACGCCAUAGACCACGACACUGGGAUGUACGGCCAGCUGAGAUACUACAUGGUGGAGCAAGGUCAAGGGUCAGGAGUUACCGGGCGAGAGGCCUUCACCGUGGACCAGAGUUCAGGAGAGGUCAGGGCUAAGAUGACUUUUGACUUUGAGAAGGUCAACUCAUUUAAUUUUGUUGCUCUGGCGAUGGACGCCGGUAACCACUCGGCCACGGUGACGGUCCAGGUGUACGUGACUGGUGAGGAUGAGUACGACCCCCUCUUCGUCUCCCCAGAGUUCUCCUUUGAGGUUCCAGAAGGGGCGAAGAGGGGCCAGAGCAUCGGACAGGUCCAGGCAAACGACGAGGACGGAGGUGUAGACGGUAUCGUCCUCUUCUCGCUCCCAAGCUCCUCCCUGUACUUUGACGUCAACAAAACAACCGGGGUGGUUUUCCUCAAGAUGGACGGGUCUUCUAGUCGCAGCAGCAGCAGCGGGUUAGGGGGGCGGUCCAAAAGGGAGACCAGGACCAUGACACUGGACGUUCACGCCCACAGCCCUCUGGACACGUCCCGGGUCACCACGGCCCAGCUGACCAUCGAUGUGACCAACACGUCCUUCGGCCUGGGGGCAGACCUCAACGUCCUGCUGAUUAUCAUCAUCGCCGUGUCCCUAGGGGUCGUCGUGCUACUGGUGGUCAUGGCGGUGGUCAUCUUCCUGCUCAAGUCAAAGAGACGCAGGAAGAACAAAGGACGGGACAACAGUGCCGUGGCCUCGGGAACCACGCUGCAGAAACUGGACGAUUCCAAAUCUGGAGGAUCUGAGAGGAUCUAUCAUCAGACGUUACCAGGGUACGCCGGCGACCAAGGUGGAGCAGGGGCCGUGCCCUACCCCCGGGGGGGUUCCCUUGACCCCUCCCACUCCAGCGGACGUGGCUCAGCCGAGGCAGCGGAGGACGAUGAGAUCAGGAUGAUCAACGAGUACCCCCGCGUAGCGUCCAUCUCCUCGUCCAUGCAGGAGCACAUCUCAGCCCGCGGGCCGGACUCUGGCAUCCAGCAGGACGCUGACCAGCUGUCGGACAUCUCCUGUGAGCCGGCCGCCCUGGAAGGAAGCACCUGGUUCAAAGGCAAGAAGCUGGGAGGGAGUCUCAGCGGGACCAUGCUGUCUGGACAGCUACCUGUCUACAGAGACGAGCUGGGAGGAGGGUACCUGGGGGUGGGGAGGGGACUCAACAUCUCCCAUCCUAAAGAUUACGCCUUUCCAGAGGACGGGAAGCCCUCUGUAGACGGGUCCCUGACAGCCAUUGUGGCCAGCGACGAAGAGCUAAGGGGCAGUUAUAACUGGGACUACCUGCUCAACUGGUGCCCUCAGUUCCAACCACUAGCCAACGUCUUCACGGAGAUCGCCAGGCUCAAAGACGAGACAGCCCCACAGAACCAGACCAACCCACGCCAGCCCUUCCAGCCUAAAGCCAAGACGGACCCCAAGCCUCGCAUCGACCCACCGCCCCUCAUCACUGCCGUGGCCCACCCUGGGGCCAAGUCCGUCCCCCCGAAGGUCCCUGUCAUCGGACGCACCUUCCCCCACCUGGCCACCCUACGGCGGUCCCCCAUUAGCCACGAGGGCUCCAUCUCCUCAGCAGCCAUGUCCCCCAGCUUCUCCCCCUCUCUCUCCCCCCUCGCCGCCCUCCCCGCCGUCUCCCCCUUCGGAGUAACCCAGGGUCCCUCGACCUCCAUGAUCAGUACCAGGGAUCCCAUGCUGGACCACAGCCCCGAUCACGAGAUGAGGAUCUGAGGAUGACGUUGUUUUAGUUUUUUUUUAGAGACGUUUCUAUAAUUUAUGUUUUAUCAUAUGACAAAGUAAAGGAUGCUGAGAUCUGGAUGUUAUAUCAGCUCCUAUGACACGUGAGAAAGUUGAAGGAAGUUUUUUUGCCUUUAGAGACAUGUUUCUCUGGUGUAGUUUUUUUAAUAAUCUGACAAUGUGAUUGGUUCUCAGAUCUGAACCUUAUUUCAGCUCCUAUGACACGUGAGGAGAUGAAGGAUGUGUUUUCGGCUUUAGAGACAUGUUUCUCUGAUGUAGUUUCUCAGAUGAGUUUUAGGCCAUAUUUCUUCACAACGGAAGAGGAAUACAGUGUGGGAACAUUUUGUAUUAGUGAAGACCGAGUGAUUGCCAAGAUUGAGGCUCAAUAAGAUGAACACUAAUAUUAUGAGAUGGGUCAUAUUCACCCUCUUUUCUGAAGGGACAUGUGGAUUAUCAUUUUCUACAGGAUGGUAUUUCUCACCCUGUGAGCCCUUAGACCGAGAUAUCCCGAUAUGCAGUGGUGGACCAUGUUGUGGGAUUGGGGAGGUUAGCAUUGACAACAGACCAGCCAUCUCCUCCCCUGCUUGUACAUCAUGACGCAGGCCUCUGAGAAUUGCCACAGGGUUAGGAGACCCAACCUCUCGGCUUCGAACAACCAUGACUUGGAUCUAACCCUGCAGCUGCAGACUGACCCUCCCGUCAGACAGAGGUCCUUAGUAGAGAUAAACUGACCUAUCGGCUGCAGACUGACCCUCCCUUCAGACAGAAGGCCCUCUGUCAUGAAGUCCAUAGACACAGUAGAUUUUCAGUCGUUUUCAGGUCCCUCCUCGCUGGCUGGUCAGAGAGAUAAAGGAUUCCACUAUUCCUCUAUUUGACUUCCGUCUCUUCACAUUCUAGAUCUCCAUUAAAGACUUCAGUGUUCCGUUGUGGUGGUCUCACAAACAAACGGACUGCUUUACAUAACAAAACAAAAUGGCUGCUUUCAAAAUGGCUGACGUUUCCCCUUCUGUGGAUCCAAUGGACCAAGUACAUGUGUGUUGAAAAAUACAUUAUAAACUAGCCAGUGUUUUGUACAUUGGAAACGAGGAACCGAGGCUAAUGUUUUCCUUUGUUGCUACGGAAGACGCAUUCUUUUCUUUUGGUUGUAUUUUUUACAUAUUUUUAUAUUGACCUUUUGAUUUCUGAUUUGAAAUGCCAGGUUAUCGUUUCAUUCUAUUUAGAUAUAUGUAUAUUUGUAUGUGUGUGUAUGUACGCCAGCCACAUUAUCUAUGUGUUUUUCCUGUCAUAGAUUUUAGAGAGCCACCAUCUUAUGUCUUUGUGGACUCGUGACAUUUGUGACGUGAGUGAGUGGGGAACAUUUUGUGUUUUGAUCAUUAUUUAUAUGAAGGAAAUGAACUGCUGGCCAUGUCGACAGCAGGCAACCACGUUCACUUUUCACCGUGCUGUAAUUGUAUCUGGAAAACGGUGUUUUAUUUUCUUGUCAGAAUGUAGAUCUUCUCAAAAUCCCGGCAAAGCGAUGUAACGAUGAUCAGAGAUCAUUGGUCACUGCACUCAAACUCUUGUCACCAAAACCAGACCUGUCCUCCUUGUUAGUAAACCGUUAUAAACUGAUAUGUAGUGGAGGUGAACAGGACUCAUGCUCUUGUGAUAAAAAUCUGCGUCACCCCGGGAAUGUCCUCUUGGCUUAAUGUUUAAGACGUUGGUUUUCCGUGUUGGAGACCAGGGUUCAGAUCCCGCCUGUGACAUAUACACUAGACUCAGUGUAAGUAAACUGGCUUUACACAGCAGCACACAUUCUCAAUGGAAUUCAUGGAGAAUUCCAUUUCCUGUUCCUGUUCCUGUCUUUUGUAUGAAGUGCUUCCGGCUCAACACAAAGGUCAAUGGUGUGAUGUCAUCGCUCCGUAUGAUGACUUGUAAAACUGAGAAGUGGUUCAACUUCAUACCGUAGAAAUACAAUGCAUAGAACAUAGAUUGUAGAAUGGUUAAAAGGGUUUACACAACUACUUUUAAAGGUAGCAGCACAAGAAUUUAACUUCAAUUAGACCUGUCACCUGAUGCUUCCAAAAUCAACAUACUGUGUGUUCUAUCUAUGCAAUCUAUUUCUAUGGUUUCAGUGCUCCAGUUCUCGCUCUGUCGUUAGAUGUGUCUUACCAGGAGGUAGGGUAGGUAGACGAGGUUAUCCAGGGUCCAUGUGUUUCUCUCAUCACCCCACCCUCCGUGUCCUCUCCACGCUCCCAUUGUUUGGGCUCUGUCCUGGACAUCUGUUAACCUAGCAGGCCAGAGGCACACAGCUUUACCGCAACACUAGAUGUGUCCCAAAUUGCACCAUAUUCCCUAUGUAAUGCACUACUUUUGACCAGAGGGUUCUGACCAGAGGGUUCUGUUCAGACGGUUCUGUUCAGAGAGAUCUAUUCAGAGAGAUCUGUUCAGAGGGUUCUGACCAGAGGGUUCUGACCAGAGGGUUCUGUUCAGAGGGUUCUGACCAGAGGGUUCUGUUCAGAGGGUUCUGACCAGAGGGUUCUGUUCAGAGGGUUCUAUUCAGAGAGAUCUGUUCAGAGGGUUCUGUUCAGAGGGUUCUGACCAGAGGGUUCUGACCAGAGGGUUCUGUUCAGAGGGUUCUGUUCAGAGAGAUCUGUUCAGAGGGUUCUGUUCAGAGGGUUCUGUUCAGAGGGUUCUGUUCAGGGGGUUCUGUUCAGAGGGUUCUGUUCAGAGAGAUCUGUUCAGGGGGUUCUGUUCAGAGAGAUCUGUUCAGGGGGUUCUGUUCAGAGAGAUCUGUUCAGGGGGUUCUGUUCAGAGGGUUCUGUUCAGAGGGUUCUGUUCAGAGGGUUCUGUUCAGAGGGUUCUGUUCAGAGGGCACUAUAUAGGUAAUAUGGUGCCAAUUGGGACACACACACUGUCUUCUCCAGUAUUACUUUUCCUGUUGUUUAGUUCAGUGUGUGUUGAGUCAGGGGUGAUUAGCAGCAAUGUGAUGCUCUCCUGUUCCUCACAUGUCGCUUUCAAAUAAACUGGGAACUCCAAUCCUCGUAAAUCUCAGACUUUUGAAUUCAGUGCAUUCAAAACAACUGGGAACUCUUCACGAGCUCCGAUUGGGGAAAAAAUGUUUUGAACGGUCAUCCAACUUAGAAUUCCAAGUCAGAAACUCGGGCAUCUUUCUAGAGCAUUGACUUUCCGACCCUGAAGAUCACUGACGUCAUGAUUUGACAUAGUUUUUUUUUAGAGUUGCCAGUUGUCGUGAAAGCACCAUAAGGGAUAGUUUGGUGAACUCUGCUGUGCUGCCUGAUGAUAUAAUUCUACCAUACCAACAACUGUCUGCCUGCCUCUCGCUAAUCUGGCGCUAACUCUGUCAGCCCACUAAACGGGCGGCAGGUAGCCUAGUGGUUAGAGCGUUGGGCCAGUAACCAAAAGGUCAAAUCCCCAAGCUGACAAGGUCAAAAAUAUGUCGUUCUGCCCCUGAACGAGGCAGUUAACCCACUGUUCCCCUGAACGAGGCAGUUAACCCACUGUUCCCCUGAACAAGGCAGUGAACCCACUGUUCCCCUGAACAAGGCAGUUAACCCACUGUUCCCCUGAACAAGGCAGUUUAACCCACUGUUCCCCUGAACGAGGCAGUUAACCCACUGUUCCCCUGAACAAGGCAGUUAACCCACUGUUCCCCUGAACAAGGCAGUUUAACCCACUGUUCCCCUGAACAAGGCAGUGAACCCACUGUUCCCCUGAACAAGGCAGUUAACCCACUGUUCCCCGAUGGGCCGUCAAUGUAAUUAUGAAUUUGUUCUUAACUGACUUGCCUAGUUAAAUAAAGGUUACAUUUAAAAACA